GGACCACGCUGUUUGUCUUUCUGUUCUCUCCGUUGUCGCUCCUUAUCGCCAGCAGCGAUCUCAAACGCCUUGUUGGCGUGCGCGAGAACAAUAGCCUCUAGCAACAAUGUCAUCUCAUUCCAGGGGCAGCAUUGCCCACUCUCUGUGGCAGUACGGCCUUCUAUUCUCGGUGUGUCUUCAGACCUCCGCAGCGGGGGACAGCGAUUCCCCGUCCAACAGCAGAAAUGGGUACAGUCAUGGACAGCCCAUUCCAGUGACCUGUCUCAAUCGGACCAUUGACUCUGGCGAACAUAUAACCGAUACGCAAGGCCACCUGCAAUACAUCCCCUUCCCGACAUGCAACGAGACCUCCCUGCCCCUCGCCCUCCACUACGGCGUCUCCGAAACCGUCAACUGCACCAUUGCCUCUCUCCCAGAUGAGCUCUACCACCUUCUGGAAUACUACGUGCACUCAGACGUGCCAAUGACCUGCCGCGUCCCCACCGCCCCAUUGGCGCAGCACCUCCUCAGCACGCCCGAGACCGACGCCGACGAGCCAGCGGCGAGCAACGAUAUCGACACCGACGGACCCUCCUACACCCCGCUCACCUUUGCGCUGCAGGGAACCCUCCAGCGGAGCCAUCUCCACAUCUGGACGGACAUGAACCUCCUGGUGCAUAACAUCGCGGCGAAGCUGAGCCCCCAGCGGAGGAAGAAGAAGAAGGGCAAGGGCAAGGCGGCCGCGGGCUACGUAGUCGCGGGCACGGCGUACUCGGUCCCGGAGUUCGACGUUAUCAUCCAGAAGCAGAUGCAGCAAAAACAUACCAGCGAUGAGGAGAAGGCGGCGUCGGCGGCGGUGGCGGUGGCGGCCAAGGAUCCGUGGACCGCUGGGCAUGGGACGAAAGUGAUCCGGGGCGAGCCAUUGACGUUCUCGUUCCAUGUCAGUUGGGUCGAGGGUGGAAGGGGUAUCGGCUGGCCUGCCUCGGGGCUGCGGUCGGUUGGUGCGGGGAGUGGGGGAGAGGGGGAAGGCGGCACGGGCUUCUUUUCGAGGCUGUUAUUCUUCGUUAUGGCUGCUGGGGUUGGUGCGGUGGUGGCGUUGUAUUGGGAGAGGAAUGGUGGCUCGCUGGGUAUGAGGCGGCGAAGGGAUGAGGGGAUCCUGGGCGUAAGUGCGUCUUCGAGAGGGAAGACUGGAAAUGGCGCUGUGGGCAUUACGUAUGGGAAUGGCGGCCGGAUGAAUGGAUAUGGUGGUUAUUCUUCGGCUGGGACUGGGGCUACGGCUGGCGACGGAGCCGGGGGUGUUUAUGGGUAUGGAGGGUAUACAGGUAGUGGGAAGAGGGAUUGA